AUGUUAUCAAUGGAUUUACAACAUUUUUGUCUUUGUUCCCACAAGGAAUCAGUUUCCUCAGUUAGUGGAAUCCACACUAUUCGGCUCACCAACAAAACUUGCCAUUAAUUUGCCAUUAUCACUCACCGAUCGUACCCACUAUUACAUAUGUCAUAUGAUAUAUGAAUAUAUAUGUACCAGCACACUACUCUAACACACUUUCCAUUUUCCAUCUUCCACUACUGAACCAUGCUCAAUUUCGCUUUCCUUUCAGCUCCCCAAAAACAUGUCUUUUCCAGCUACAUCUCUCAUCAUACACCUUUGCACCCCACCGUUCAAAAUCCAAACUUUCAUUCAAAGUUUGAAUCUUUAGCUUCUGGGGUUUGCAAAGCAAGUGAAUUUCCAUCUGGGUAUGGCGGUUUGAGAGCAAAAGCUUCAAGAGGGAAAAGGGUGUUGGCUGUGGUGUCAUCAGAACCAGUGGUGGAAAGCGAGGGAAGUGGGAGAAGAGAGGAAAGUGGUGAAAGGUUUGAUGCAAUUGUUAUAGGGUCUGGGAUUGGAGGGUUAGUUGCAGGGACCCAGUUAGCAGUGAAAGGUGCAAGAGUUUUGGUUUUGGAGAAGUAUGUGAUUCCUGGUGGAAGCUCUGGUUUUUAUCAGAGAGAUGGGUAUACUUUUGAUGUUGGUUCAUCUGUCAUGUUUGGUUUUAGUGAUAAGGGUAAUCUCAAUUUGAUUACACAAGCAUUGGAAGCAGUUGGUUGCAAGAUGCAGGUGAUACCUGAUCCGACAAUGGUCCAUUUUCAUCUACCAAAUAAUCUUUCUGUUCACGUGCACAGAGAAUAUGAAAAGUUCAUUCAAGAAUUGACGAGUUACUUUCCCCACGAAAAGGAGGGUAUCCUCAAAUUCUUUGGUGAAUGCUGGAAGAUUUUCAAUGCGCUGAAUUCGUUAGAGUUGAAGUCGCUGGAGGAGCCACUCUAUCUUUUUGGACAGUUUUUUCAGAAACCAGUUGAAUGCUUGACCCUAGCUUAUUAUUUGCCUCAGAAUGCUGGGGACAUAGCUAGGAAGUACAUUAAAGAUCCACAGUUGUUGUCUUACAUAGAUGUUGAGUGUUUUUUAGUGAGCACAGUCAAUGCUUUGCAGACCCCAAUGAUCAAUGCAAGCAUGGUUCUAUGCGAUAGGCACUUUGAGGGGAUUAACUACCCCAUUGGUGGUGUUGGUGGCAUUGCAAAGUCCCUGGCGAAAGGUCUAGUCGAUAAGGGCAGUGAGAUACUAUACAAGGCAAAUGUCACUAAUAUCAUACUUGAUGAGAAUGGCAAAGCUGUAGGAGUGAGGCUUUCAGAUGGAAGAGAAUUCUUUGCCAAAACCAUAAUAUCCAAUGCUACGAGAUGGGACACAUUUGGAAAGUUAUUAAAGGGAGAAGUGAUUCCGAAAGAGGAAGAGAACUUCCAGAAUGUUUAUGUUAAAGCUCCUUCUUUUCUCUCAAUUCACAUGGGAAUUAAAGCCGAGGUUUUACCACCUGAUACAGAUUGCCACCAUUUUGUGCUUGAGGACGACUGGACCAAAUUGGAGACGUCUUAUGGAAGUUUGUUUUUAAGUAUACCAACUGUUCUCGAUUCAUCACUGGCUCCAGAAGGUCGUCACAUCCUUCAUAUAUUCACAGUUUCUUCGAUGGAGGACUGGGAGGGAAUUGGAAAAGAAGAAUAUGAGGCAAAGAAGCAGUUUGUAGCAGAUGAAAUCAUAUGCAGAUUAGAGAAGAAAUUGUUUCCAGGUCUUAAAUCAUCCAUUGAUUUUAUGGAGGUAGGGACACCAAAGACACACCGGCGGUACCUAGCUCGUGUUGAUGGAACUUAUGGACCAAUGCCUCGCAAAACUCCAAAGGGAUUACUGGGAAUGCCAUUCAAUACCACGGGCGUAAAUGGUCUUUACUGUGUGGGUGAUAGCUGCUUCCCUGGACAAGGUGUUAUUGCAGUUGCUUUCUCAGGAGUCAUGUGUGCUCAUCGAGUUGCUGCAGAUAUUGGGUUGGAGAAGAAGUCACCAGUUAUGGAUACCAUGCUGCUUAGGUUGCUUGGUUGGUUAAGAACACUUGCAUGAGGCAUAAUAUAGUUAACACCUUAGAUUAUCAUAACUUCUGCAUCAGCUCAAUUUUCAUUAUAGGAUUCCUUCACUGAAGAACAAGACAAUAAAAAAGUGUAUAUUUGUUGUUGUAUUAUUUAUAUUGGGGAUGGAGGGAUUUGCUGUGAAGUGUAAAAUGUAAAUGAUCAAUGUAUGAUUGAUAAAGUCUUCUUCAUAAA